AUGAGUGCGCCUGUGCCAGACCUUGAGUAUGUGGGUUCCGGCGACUCCACCACGGCCACACCCGCAAAGACAAAGUCACGUUCUUGCCUGCCCCCAGGAGUCAAUCCACUCGAGAACGCCGGUAACCCUCUCGAGAUUUUCCGACGCAAACCCGAACCACCUCGCCUUGACCAGCUUCUGGACAAUACGCGAUGCUCCCCUAUGUCCUGCGGAGAUUUCGAAGCCUAUCUGGUGCAUAAGGAACACAGCGCGGAGAACCUACUGUUUUACAAUUGGCUCCGGGCUUAUAAGAAACGAUGGGAGAAAUUGAGUGCGGAAGAACAGGCGAGGAGUUCGCCGGUGCCAGAGGGUGGAGUUGAAGAGAAGAGAAGGAGCAGGAUAGCGGUACCCCAAUUGACGGGAAAACGUACGUCUCAGACCUUGAUCCCGCCUUCAUCGGCACAUGACCGGCCUGGGACGGCUCUCACAGCCAGUGAUGUCUAUCCAUCUCCGCCGACGACACCCAGCCGUCCUUUAUUGGUGGGAGUACAGGCGGCUUCCGGUACAGGUAUGGAUACGAGGUUCCAACCGUUCAGGAGUGAGAUAGACAAAGUCAUCGCCUAUUUCUUUACUCCUGGAGGAGAAAUGGAGCUCAACAUCCCGUCAUCCCUCCGUCGUGCAAUCGUGUCCCACGCGAGAGGGUCGACGCACCCAACCAUCUUCGCCGAGGCAAGCGUGUGCUGCUAUGAUAUGAUGCACACAUCAUCGCUACCUGGAUUUCUCAAAUUUGCUACGGUCAACGUUGGCCCGAAGAAGAUUUGGUGGCAUUAUGGUGUUGGAACUGUGAACUCUAUCAUCUCCUUAGUCAUCAACCUGGUGUGUAUCUUGGUAGGGUUAGCGCGAGGAUAUAGGUGUAUCGCCGUUCCUUUUACGUUGUUUGGUAUCAUGGAAGUAUAUGGAGCAUGGAAGGGACUCUGUUUUCAGGUGUAUGGGCGUCGUGCAAGACAGCUCUACCCAUGGGAACUCGCAGAGGAUGACGAAGCUACUCCUCUGUCAAUGCCACAACGUUCGGGGUCCAUUACUUCGGCUGUUUUGCCUUCGACAGCACGUCGCCCAAGUUUGGGCAGCCAAGCAAUCUUUGAGAGGGAGAAGGCAAUUGAUGAACCAUGGAUUUGGAACAUUCAGAAUAGAAUGUAUUGGAAGAUUACGUUUGUCGCAUUGGUUGCGGCGUGUGUGGUGGAAGCUGUUUGGUUAAGCGUCCCCAAUGCUAGAUGA